GAGUCUUCUAAUUUCUAAGGAAAGUCAUUUUGAUAGAGCGCACGAUAAACAGCACCGCAAAAGCACACAAGCAGAGAAGGACGAAGACAAAACAAAAACAAAAAGCUUCUCCGGAGAAAAAAAGAAAGUUAGCAUAGAUGAAGAGUCUUCGGUUUUUGUAGUUGUUGUGAUAAAAACAGAAAAAAAAAAAGAAGAGAUGGGAGGUUGCUGUUGUUGUUCUUCUUCACGAAGAGCUGAUGUAGAUAACGGACCUGCGUACUACUACUACCCAAGGGCAACAGAAGAACGUGUGCCUUUGUCUUCCGCUCAUAACAGGACUUCCUCUGCAAUCUCUACUGGUGUUGUAGUAGUAGACACAAAUUUAGAGACAUCAUCUCCUGAUGCUUAUAUACCACCGCCACUGCCUAUCCCUUUCGAUGUGGCUAUAGGGGUUCCUCAAACACCAGCCAGUGCUGAAGAGGCUACUUGUGUUGAUAUUAGAGAGGUUUCAGUGGACUCUGCUAAUACCGAGUCUGCUCAAGAAACAGUUGAUGGUAUUACUAUCGGGGUUCCAACUACAUGCUCACAUAAAGAGACAGAUUGCAAAAUCCAAACAGAGAUUGAUCUUGAAUCUACUGAAGAAAUAGACCCAAAGCUAUCAAAAGCCGUCUUUAUACCAAUAGAGGAAGAGGAGGAUUGCCCCAUAUGUUUGGAAGAAUAUGAUAUCGAGAACCCAAAACUUGUAGCCAAAUGUGAUCACCAUUUUCACCUUGCAUGCAUUCUAGAAUGGAUGGAGAGAAGUGAAACCUGCCCCGUCUGCAACAAGGAAAUGGUAUUUGACUCUCCUCUCGACUAGCAACCCGCAGGUACUGCAUCGUAGAAGGCUCCAUUCUCUCUGUAUCCGAACAAAGAAAUUAGAGAGAAGGAGAAGAAACUUAAAAGAAAAAGAAAAUGGUAAGAAUACACUAAUAGCUGAUUCACAAAGCUGAAUUUACGAAACAUAUCAGUGUUGAUAUACAUAUGUUUGUGUACAGACGUUUCAAGUCGUCUACAAAAAAUGGAGUUUAAGAAUUAGAGUUUGUGCUUUAGAUUCACUUCUGUGAAUAAAAAAAAAAAAAAAAAGACAAUUGAAAUUUUUUUCUUCUAGAUGUUUUAUUUUGGUUUUGUUAAUUCUUGUUUAUAGGUUCUUUUAGGAGUGUUUUUAAGCUGGGGUUUCAAUUUGGGUUUGAUUCAGUUUUUUCUUGGGUUUAAGAAAAAUGGUAAUCAAACCGAAAUUGAGUUUAUUAUGUAUGCAUUGGGUUUAUUACGGUUCGGAUUUAGUUUUGUUUAGUGUUUAUUUAUUUUCUUUUUAUUGUUAUGUGAUGUAAUAUGAAAAUUGUUUCUAGUGUGUAUGUUUUAGAUUUCUUAUUUUCUUAA